GCUAACGACUUGGAAAACUUGGAGUUGUGUGGAGGAAGUUUUCCUCAACUGACGUAUACAGACAAUAUUAAAGAAGAAGUAAACCAAUCUUCGACCACAAAGGUUUCAAAGGAUGCUUUUGUUGCUAUGGAUUCGCAAAGUUCUUCGAGAAGUAAUAGCUCGGAAGACGAAAGCGAAGCUUCUUCCAGUCAGAUUCUAAACCCUAUGGAAGCAUUGGUAGAUUAUGAAAGUUCCGACAGUAUGGAUAGUCUAAGCUCCCAUAAAAUUCAACAGAUGAGUGAAGAGGAAGCUUUGGACUAUAUUCAGUAUUUAAAGCGAAAGAUUCAAAGGAUUGAACAAGUUUUGCAAGUUCGGUCAGGCUCUAGUUCUUUAAGAGGACAGAAAAAGAAUUCAGAUUCCAAAAAAAACCUUGGCUCUAAGACUGUUGCUGAAGAGAAUUCGGAAUAUGAAGAGGAAGAAGCUUGUGGAAGAAGUAAAUCAAGUAAGCGUUCAAAAAGAAAUUCCAAGGAGAGUUCUAUUGUUACAAACAAUUCGUCACAAGCAUUCUUUCAGAGCCAUUUAAGGAAACAUAGAAUUCGUUCUCGUUAUAAUCUGGUAGACGAUGGGUUUGACUACGCCAUGAGUCUAACAGCAUCCAAGAAGCCCAGAAGGAAAAAGCAAUCGAAUGCUCGUGAGAAAGGCAAACGAGGUUCUGUUUUACGGACUUUUCAGCAAAUACGUACUUUUCUCGAAGCAGAUUGUGGUAGAACUUAUACAUUUCCUUCUUUGAGUAGACAUGUACGGUUUGCAAUACACAGAUACGCGGAAGCUUGUGGAAUACAUAGUCGUAGUCAUGGAAGAGAAGGCAAGCGAGCCAUUACGCUUACGCGACGAUCCCGCUGGAAGAUACCUAACGAAGAGAUAGAGGACUCAAUUUUGGAAGAGAUUGGACUAGGAAGCGAUACGAAGCAGAAGCAGAAGCAGAAGAAGAAGAAUGGAAGCCUUAGAAAGGAUUCCCAGAAAGCAAUGGCAGCAGCAACUACUUAUUCUGCUCGUGGACGUAAGGAAUUGGAAAAAUCCUUGGCUGCUACUAUAACGGAAGAUAAUAUCGGUCAUCGGUGAGCACGAAACGGAUAUAACUUGGUCACUUUUCUCACUACAUUUAGAAUGUUGCAAACAAUGGGAUGGUCAAAAGGCCAAAGUCUUGGACAUCCCCAUCGUGAAGAAACUGGCUUGAAGCAUCCUUUGUCAGUUGUUAUUCGACCACCCAGAGCUGGUUUGGGUAGUCGGGAGGAAGAAACUUGAAAUAAUAGAUAUAUAUGUGUGUGUAUAUACUUAGUGUUUGCAGUAGACUGUAAAGCCAUUCCCUCGAAGGUAUUCAAUCUCCUCGCGAAAAAGAUAUAGCUAUCUUGUUAAAUAGCCACACUUCUGACUCCCUUUGUACCACAAAACAGUGGAGCAACUUGUUGAAGAAGUUGAGAAAAAUAACGUGUUGAUCUCAGUUUUAUAUUUCGAAGUUACAGAGGACAUAUGUAAUUAAUAACCUUGUUUGAAUUGUCAUCGAUAACAUUCCAGCAGAGUGUUCGGCACGUGGCAUUUCAAUUCCAUAAAACGGAAUUUUCUGGAAGCCCGAAACGUUUCUAUAAAAGAACGGUCAAACCC